GAUCUGUAUGCAGUUGGUUUUAUGUCUCUUCUCUCGUCAUUCUUUCCAGUUUUUCCAACCGGAGCAUCGCUUUCGCGAUCUGCCGUUUGUGAAGCGUCUGGUACCAACACACAAGUGAGGAAUGCGAAUUAUCGCGUUUAUUCGUGCUAA